GACCAGGGGUGGACUGACAACUCUUGGGGCCCCUGGGAAAUAGGGGAUCAUGGGGCCCCUGUGUCCUUGCUCAAACUCAAAAAAGCCUAUGAAAAAGGUAUCAGGGGCAUCUCAUGGGGCCCCCUACUGACCCCGGGCCCUCAGGCAGUGCCUGAGUUUCCAAAUGGUCAGUCCGCCCCUGCUUGGGACUCAAAUUGUAACCUCUUCAGCACAGGGGCGGACUGACCAUUUGGAAACUCGGGCACUACCCGAGGGCCCGGGGUCAGUAGGGGCCCCAUGAGAUGCCCCUGGUACCUCUUUCAUAGGCUUUUUUGAGUUUGGGCAAGGACACAGGGGCCCCAUGAUCCCCUAUUGCCCGGGGGCCCCAU